ACACGCUUCUGUACGUCUCUUGUAGCUACACGCCUCUACCAUCGCCGAAAAUCUCUACCCGUUUUUCGCAGCGCGAGAAAAGUGCAGAAGAUCUCGCUAAAUUGUAGCAGCCGCGAAAGAGCGCAAAAUCGAAGUUUAUCCGAAAUCUUCUGACCCCCUUUCCCGUCCAGAACAGCUCUCUAGAAGAUGGCCACCGAAAUCCAACACGAAAAGGCCUUCCCAAAACAGGGUGCAUUCCUCACCGAAAAAACCAAGGAUGGGAAGAUUCGCCGUCAUCGGUGGUAUAAAAAUAUUGGCUUAGGAUUUGAAACGCCUAAAACGGCCAUCGAGGGUCAUUACGUUGACAAAAAAUGUCCCUUCACUGGCAACGUUUCGAUUCGAGGCCGCAUCAUCCGCGGUGUGAUUCUCUCGGUUAAGAUGAACCGUACUAUCAUUGUCCGCCGAGAUUAUCUUCACUAUGUACCCAAGUAUAAGCGAUUCGAGAAGAGACACCGAAAUAUUCCGGCGCAUAUUUCCCCGGCGUUUAUUGCGCCAAAAAGGGGUGAUAUCGUGACCAUUGGCGAGUGCAGACCUUUGUCCAAGACUGUUCGAUUCAACGUGAUUAAGCAUGAGCCGAUAUCCAUGAGUGCCACAGUUGGCAGAAAAGUUUUCCGCCUUUUUUAAUAAAAAAAAAAACAUAAGUCGAACGUCAAGAUCAAACUGUUUCAUUUAUUGGCUAUUUGCGAAUGUGUCUAUACCAUUGAACGAGCACCACCGCUCAUCUCUUCUCUUCUUGUAGAUAGAAAUCGGAGAUGAGAUACGGGACUUUUUGCCUUUGAGAUCGAUCAGCAAUUUGUUCAGAUAUGUUUCUCGAUCGCUCUGAUUCUUUCGAGGACCAUGAAAUCUAUGACAUCUAUCAUUCGGUGCCCGAUACCGUGUGGGGGAGGUUCGGCGAGUCGGACGCGCUAGCCUAUGAUGGAUUGCGCCUUGGGGGGCGUUCCUGCGACGACUCAGUUGCAAGUUCGAGCGGAUCGAGCAUCUCAAAACCGAGGGAGGCGCGAGAAGGUAAAUUCGAGGAAGAAGUUAAAUCGAGGAAAGACGUUCGACGAAAAAAAAAAAAAAAUGCCAGGAAAAUGGGUCGCACCCUUCCAGCAGACGGAGACGAAAUUGAGGAAGACCAAAAUGUCCAAGAGGCUUGGGACAAAUUGACAAAAACUUGCCCCACUCAGAAUUCCAGCGAAUGGGACGAGCUGACGGAAGAGCAGAAGUGCUUCCCAUCCUUUGAGGCCUGGGCUGCUUACAACGAAAAGCUAUGCCCAUCCACCAUAACUAGGAGCACCUCUGGGUUCAAACUAUACGAUUCGAUCGAUUACAGAGUUCAAUUGGAGGAGGCGAUGUGCAUCGUGCAGGGAGCGGGGUUCGAUUAUUCGCUGUUGGAGAAGAAGGUGGUGAUCGGGUUGUUCGUGAGGAUGGAUUUGGAGAGCGUCAUAGCCUGCAGCAGGACGUGCAAAAGGUGGAAUGAGAUAGCGAAGGAUAUAUCCUUAUGGAAGGAGAAAUUUGAGAGGUUGGAGAGGCAGAUAUUCGCGGACGAGCCCGAUGUGAAUAUAUGGGAGGAAGUGGGGGCGGACUUCGACGGGAACAGGGACGGCGACGCCGUGGACGAGUUGAAGAGAGCGAGUUUGAACGCCUUAGUGGCGGCGAUGACGUCUCAUACUGUUGUGCCUGAUUCUAUAGACGUGUUGACGUUCAUGGCGUCUUAUCAGACGUUCACGACUAUUCGCCAGGUAAUAAGGAAGUUGUUGCAGAGAUACAUGGUUCCGGAGAGGCAGUACGAGAACGAGGAGGAGAGGGUAAAAUACAUGGCCAUAGUGGUGAAGCCAAUACAGAUGAGAGUGUGCAAGCUGUUGAGACAGAUUGUGGAGAUGAGAUACAGUGAGCUGGAUAAGGACUUGAGGGAUUUGAUCAAGUGUUUCAUCAUGGGAAAAGUUGGCCAAUCAUUUUUGUCGAAGCGAUUGCAGAUAGCGAUUAGGAACUCCACAAUUGAAGAGAACAAGCCCAGUGAGCGACCGACAUGGCAAAUAGCUAAGCCAGACAUUCAAAAAAAGUUGACGACAGUGAAUAUUCUCGAUAUUCCUAGCGAAGAAAUCGCGCGUCAAUUGACUUUAAUCGAGUUUGAACUUUACUCCCAGAUUAAGCCAAUGGAAUUUUUUGGCCAGGCAUGGGCGAAGCCCAAGCUACACAACCGCGCGCCGAACAUUCGAAUGAUAAUAGAGAGAUUUAAUCAGGUGACGCGCUGGAUUACGACUGAAAUUAUUCGAGAGGAAAAAAUUCGAAAUCGAGUUAAACGUUUCACGAAAUUUGUUAAAAUUGCUCAAUCACUUCGUGCGAUGAACAACUACCACACCCUUAUGGCCGUCCUUGGCGGUCUCAAUGAAGGGCCUAUCUACAGACUUAAGCAUACGCGUUCAGAGCUUCCCCUCAAGGUGCAGCAGACUCUUAGUGAACUUCAACUUCUAAUGUCCGCCGAUGGAUCCUAUUGUGAAUAUCGACUCGCGCUUGCCAACUCCGCCCCACCCUGUAUUCCCUAUAUCGGUGUGUACCUCAGGGACCUCACCUACUACGAAGAGGGGUCCGGAAACAGCGAAGAGGGCUUCAUCAAUUUCAAAAGCAAGAAAAACGUCUAUACGACUAUCCAAAUCGUCCAGCGAUACCAAGUCAUCCCCUAUUCGUUCAAAAAACAGGAACGCAUCUGGAAUUACCUCAAGAACGUGUCCGGCAUGUCCGAUUCCGAGCUCUUCGAAAUGUCUGCUCUUCGCGAGCCGAAGAACUCCAAAAGAUCCGAUCUUCAAUAACACGCCGCAGCGCCUGUGUAUGCAUCUGCUAUGCCCCCUCGAGCUGAGCGAACCUCGAUGCGUCAACGCGCUUCCCGCUCUCUGUUGGUUCAGUCGACGAGCGCAUUCGAACGCCGCUCGCGUCUUCGUCGAAACCACCUCUCUCCGCAUCGGCCCAACUGUCGUAGCGCGCCUCCUACGACCGCAGACGAUGUCUAUGCGCAAGACGCGAACGCACAACGUGCUUUGUAUAGAUUUAAGGGGUCUAAUAUACGGCAAUACAAACAUUUGUCGCCUGAGUGUUUUCAA